UCGUGCCGGCCGCCAUAACAAUACGCCUUGGAAUUUUAGCCCUUCACGUGACUCUGUUUUCACCUACUUUGCAGAUUGCAGUGGCAGGUGGUUGUUUCCGGCGUAGGGUUAAAACGCUGUGAUUUUUUGUCGGAUUCUUUUCCCGUGGAUGCAAAUCAGAUUUAUUUGAAGCUUUUCUCGUUCAGUAACUCAAGGAAGAUAAUUUGGAGGCGGGAUGGAUUUCAGACAGGAUAGCCCUCUUUCACAUGCGGUUUCCUGGUGUAAGAAAGUUGCAUGUGUGAAACGCAGGGAAAGGAUUUAUCCAUCACUUAUACCGAAGACUGAACAUUUGUUUGAUCUAAGAGAUUCUGUGAAGGAAGAAAUGAUCAAAGAAUUAAUGGUUGGGACAACACGAACUAAGGAAUGUCGAGAAUGGCUGAUCAAGGUGAGAGAGUUUGAAAUUCGUGCAAACGAAUUACUAAAGUUUCAUGAGAAGACUUCAGACAAUUUGAGGUUUUCCUUGAAACUACCACAUGCUGAUUUGGUGAAUACACUUGAUGGAAUUACCCAUUUGCUGGAGAGUUGUCCAUUGGUAGGAGCAACUAAAACAAUUAGUUGUUCAAUGAUUGAGGGCAAGAGCUUUGGACCUGCACCUGCUGAAAGAACUGCAAAUGCCUACUUGUGGAGGAAAACUGGAGCUAAAGCUGAGGCAUAUUUAGAAACCGAAACAUGUCAUGCCAUGGGAAAGGAAGCUGAAAAUAGGGAAAAGAUACUCCCUGAUAAAUAUGUUGAGAAUGAAACCUUAAUGGCAUCAUCAUCUAUAAAACCUGUAGGAGGUCAGCCAUUUGUAUCAGUGGAAUCUCAGGUGAUCAACGAAGCAGAAUCAAUUACAACAAUUGGAACAGUAGUUGACAUGCCAUCUGCCAUAGCUGGUUCUUGGUUGGUUAUUGAGAAAGCAUCUGCAGAGUCUUUGUUGCCGUCAGAGCAGAUCGCUUCAUCUAGCCUAGACCCCAUCACAAAGCAUGAGAUGGUAUCUUCUUCACUAAAUGACUACUUAACAGGACAUGAAUCUGAGAUUGAGCUUAUUUCUUUUGAAGAAGAAAUAAAACCAUCUUUGUCACCCAAAAUUCUUCGGACCAUGCUUGAUGAAAUUGAAGAAAUUCCAUCCAGUCAUGAAACAGAAUCAGAGACUGGUUCACAAGAAGCAAGCCAAAUUUCUGAAUUAAUAGUAAAUGUCAAACAAUCUGUUGAACCUACUAUUGAAGUGGGAGCAUCCACCUCUCACCAAAGCAGUAUAGCCCCAGUAGAACCAGUUGCAAUAACAUCUUUAAGAAAAGAUGAAAUCCCACUUACUGAUGAAAUGAAGACUAAGGAUCCUUGUCAAACAGAAGACAGACAGGGUUUCUAUGAAACAGAAGUAGCUGCCAAAACAACUGUUGGGCGCAAUGUGUUCAAGAUCUUGGAGCUUUUGAAGGAUGAUAGAGUCAGAAAAAUCGGUGUUUAUGGCAUUGGAGGGGUUGGCAAGACUACUGUGCUGAAAGCCUUGAUCAAUUAUCCCAAGACAAAAGACAUGUUUGAUUUGAUCAUUUGGGUGACUGUAUCAAAAUAUUGGAGUAUAAGAAAGAUACAAGAUGAAGUUUUAAGGCAAUUAUCCACACAAGAUGAGGUUUUAGGGGAAUUACAAUCACCUCUUUCCAAGAGCGACUCUGAAAUUCGAGAAGAAUUGUUCCAUUAUUUGGAAGGCAAGAAGUUUUUGCUUCUUUUGGAUGAUGUCUGGAAGAGAAUGGAUUUAGAGGCACUUGGCAUACCAGAUCCUAGCUUGGGUAAUGGUUGUGCAAUGAUAAUGGCAACUAGAAAAUUGAAGGUUUGUGAUGACAUGCAUUUGACUAAUGUGAUUGAAGUGGGAAAUGUCUCUAAGGAAGAAGCUUGGGAAUUGUUUCGUGAACAAGUAGGUGGCAUUGUUGAUGCACCAGAUAUACAGGACUUUGCUCAAGGUAUUGUUGAGAGGUGUGGAGGUCUGCCUCUGCUGGUUAUUGUAACUGGAAGAGCUCUGUCAGGGGAAGAAGAUGUCGUUGCAUGGGAGCAAGCAUUCAGGCAAUUUUCAGGCCCUUGUAGAGAUGUGAGAGAUUGUAAUGACAUAAUCCGAAUGCUAAAAUUCAGCUUUGACCGAUUGAAGGUUCAUGAUUUACAGAGUUGCUUCCUUCAUUGUGCUUUAUUUUCUGAAGAGCAAGAGGUUAAUAUUUCUGAAUUUGUGAAAUAUUCUAUCCAAGAAGGUUUGAUUGAGGGGAUUAUGGCUGAUGCAUAUAAGAGGGGCCAUGCUAUAGUCGCUGUUCUUGUACGUGCCUCAUUGUUAGAAAGUAUUAACGAUCAUGCCAUAAAAAUGCAUGACAUGAUGAGAGAUUUAGCACUGGCAAUCUUGUCACAGGAAGAAGGUAAUCGGUUUCUUUUGAGAGCUUACUCAAAACCAUUGAACCUAGAAAAUCAUUCAUUGCUUGGACCUCAUGAAAGCCCCGAGAGCAAUAGAUUGUUUUUUCCUGGUGGUUAUCAAUUCAUAUUGAGAGCUGGUUCAGGUCUGACCGAGCCACCUUCAGUGGAGGAAUGGGACAAAUUUAAGAUGAUCUUUCUGAUGGACAACAAGUUGUCCACUUUGCCCGAGAGACCAAGUUGCCCUGGACUCCUGACAUUGUUUCUUCAAAGGAAUUUCAGGUUGAGAGUGAUACCCAUGUCCUUUUUUGACUGCAUGCCUUGCUUGAAAGUGUUGAAUUUAUCAAAGACCAGAAUAAAAUGUUUGCCGAAAACAAUUUCUAACCUUUUAAGCCUUGAAACUCUCAUUCUUUGUCAUUGUGAACGCCUAGCUAUGCUUCCCUCUGAAAUUGGAUCCCUCAAACUUCUUCAGAUACUUGAUCUUAGAGGCACCGAGAUCAACACUUUACCUGAUGAGAUUGGUGGACUAGUCUCUUUGAAAUACUUGGAUGUAUGCUUCUAUGGAUCUAUCAACCGCAGUGAGUACGCUAAUUUGCCUCAUGGAUUGAUUUCUAGUGGGAUAAUAUCUGGGCUCCAUGCAUUGGAAUCACUAGGGAUUAAUGUGUGCCCAGGAGAUGAGCGGUGGGACAAGUGUGUCAAAUCUAUCACUUACGAGGUGAGCAAAUUGACAAAGUUAACUUCUCUCUCUUUUUCUUUCCCUGAAGUGGAGCUUCUUGAACUGUUCCUCUUAAGUGUAGCAUGGAUUGAUCAGAGCUUAACUGAGUAUAAAAUUGUGGUUGGCCAUGACAUCAAGCGUAUUGUGUCACGUGUCCCACAUUAUGUGGAGCUUGAGUAUGGUCUAAUGGGCCAAUGCCUGAGAUUUGUUAAUGGUAGGAAGAUACCCGAUGCAAUUGUCAAAGUCCUUGCCCGUUGUUCUGCUUUCUAUUUAGAUCAUCACCUGGACAUAAGCAGCAUAUCAAAAUUUGGGAUUGGAAACAUCAAUAAGUUGAAAUACUGCAUAGUAAGUGAAUGUCCUGCAGUUAAAGCUAUUGUGGAUAAUGAGGAAUUUACUGAGGUCGUAUUUCCAUGCCUGGAGCACUUAAAUAUCCACUAUUUGUGGAAUUUGGAAUCCAUCUGGGUGGGUGUUGUUCCUGAAGGAAGUUUUGCUAUGCUACGAACUUUGCAUGUGCAUGCAUGUCCAAAGUUGAAAUAUGUCUUGAGAAACUCCAUGCUUCAAUUCAUCACAAACUUAGAGGAGUUGAUAGUGGAUGAUUGUGCAGCAAUUGAGAAAAUUAUAGUUGAUGAUAUGACUGUUGAAUCGAGUCACAUUUCUCACUUCAAUUUCAAGACAUUAACUCUUCACUACCUUCCUGUGUUAGAUAACAUUUGGGAAGGUGCCUGGCCCUUGUUUGAGUAUAUCAAUGUAUACAAUUGCCCUAAUAUUAAGAAGAUCAAUUUAGAUUCAGAGUUGAAACGCACUCUGAAGGAGAUUAAAGGUGAGAAGGAUUGGUGGGAUGCAUUAGAAUGGAAGGAACCUGCUCUUCGCAUGCAUUUUGACGACCGUUUUACUCCAGUUAGUGAGGAUGAUCUAUAAGAGGAGAUGUUAUCAAUGAUGUCUUCUUUAUCACUCAAGGCUUUGGAAGUUUGAUGAUUUAGUGAUGCGUAAGAAGCAAGAGCUUUUACUGACAAACUACAAAUUGAGGCUGAACAGGAGCUGAUAUCACUUGGCAGUGCAUCUAACUGUAGGAGUUGACUGCUCUGAAAUUCGUCAACACAGAUGAAUGCUGCUGUCAUCUAACAUGUUACUUAGCGCUUGCUUCUCAUUUAAAUCGUGGUUGGCACAGUGUUUAGCAUGCUGUUACUGUCUUUCCCAAUGGAAUUCACGAAUCAAAAUUAUUGAUGGUGCUCCUUUUUUUUGUCACUUAAAGGAGCAAGAUUUUGAAAUUCUUGCCUGCAAAGAGAUUCCAGUGAUGAAUCAGCUCCUCACACCGGCAGGCAGACAGAAAGGUGAAAAUGGCCGUCCAUCGACCACUAUGGCCAAAAGAAACCGUCAGAAAUAGCUCUUUCUGGAACAAUCUCCUUAAAACUGAAACUAUUAUUCUAGGGAAAGAAUUGCGCCAUGAAAUCCUAGAAAAGGACAUUUUGUCAUAAACAUUAGGUGUACUGGAAUCCUAGAAAGGAUAUAGUGUCAGAAACUUGUGUUGAAGCUUGAAUCUAGGUUAUGAGGACAUUGUUAUGGAAACUUUCUCAAUUUCUAUGA